AUGUCGUCGUCGUCUUUGGCCAGCAAGGAGGCCGCGGCCUUCCCGGACGGAACCAUCGAAUACGAGCCGCUCCGAAGCAAUACCAAGUAUAAUCCCAAGAAGGUUCACAUUGCCGACACUCCAAUGACUUGGCCCAACAUCCACCUCCACAUUAACUGGCUCAACACCACUCUCAUCAUCAUCAUUCCCAUCAUCGGCUUUAUCUCUGCCUACUGGGUCCCUCUCCACCUCUAUACCGGCAUCUGGGCCGUCAUCUUCUACUUUAACACCGGCCUUGGAAUAACUGCUGGUUACCAUCGUCUUUGGGCUCACACCUCCUACAAGGCCACUACUCCCCUCAAGUUCUACCUGGCUGAUGUCGGUGCUGGCGCUGUUGAGGGCUCUAUCCGCUGGUGGUCUUACGGCCACCGUGCUCAUCACCGGUACACCGACACCGAAAAGGACCCCUACUCCGUCCGCAAAGGUCUUCUCUACUCCCACGUCGGGUGGAUGGUCUUUAAACAGAACCCCAAGCGCCAGGGUCGAGCCGAUAUCACCGACCUUAACGAGGACCCUAUCGUUGCCUGGCAGCAUCGCAACUACUUCAAGUGCGUCAUUUUCAUGGCCCUCGUUCUGCCUACCAUCGUCGCUGGUUUCGGUUGGAGCGACUGGCUCGGCGGUUUCGUCUACGCCGGUAUCCUCCGAACCUGUUUCGUCCAACAAGCCACGUUCUGCGUCAACUCCCUCGCCCACUGGCUCGGUGAGCAGCCUUUCGACGACCGAAAUUCACCCCGUGACCACGUCAUUACCGCUCUCGUCACCCUAGGUGAGGGCUACCACAACUUCCACCACGAGUUUCCUUCGGACUACCGAAACGCCAUCAAGUGGUACCAAUAUGACCCCACGAAGUGGUCCAUCUGGAUCUGGAAGCAGCUCGGCCUUGCCUACGACCUGAAGCAGUUCCGCCAGAACGAGAUCGAGAAGGGCCGUGUCCAGCAGUUGCAGAAGAAGCUCGACCAGAAGCGUGCCACCCUCGACUGGGGUAUCCCCCUGGAGCAGCUCCCUGUUGUCCACUGGGAUGACUUCGUAGCCGACUCCAAGAACGGAAAGGCCCUCGUUGCCAUUGCUGGAGUCAUUCACAACGUCGCCGACUUCAUCAAGGACCACCCCGGCGGCAAGGCCCUCAUCUCUUCCGCUGUUGGUAAGGAUGCCACCGCCAUCUUCAACGGCGGUGUAUACAACCACUCUAACGCCGCCCACAACCUCCUGUCAGCCAUGCGUGUGGGUAUCCUCCGCGGUGGCUGCGAGGUUGAGAUCUGGAAGCGCGCCGAGUUCGAGAACAAGGACGUCACCUACAUGAACGACUCGGCCGGUCAACGCAUCGUCUGA